AUGGCCGACAUCAUCCGCGACGCCCCCCUCGGCCAGCUCAUCCGCUGGGCCACGUCCAACCGCUACCUCCAGUACCCCGAGGAAAAGGCCGGCUUCAAGCUCCCCUCGCCGUGGCAGCAGCUCCUCGACAACCCCGACGCCGUCGUCGACGAGUCCACGGAGCCCUCGUCCGAGUCCGCUUCGACCGCCGGAGACGACACCCCCGAGGGCCAAGACGCCGAGAAACAGCAGCAGCAGCAGCAGCAGUCACGGUCCUCGGCAGAGCGCCCCGAGCCCCUGCGCCUGCACCGCACCAAGACGCCCGCCGAAACGCCCGCCUUUACGGGCUCCCGCCUCGAGGCCGAGCUGGCGCACGCCGUGGAAAGGGUGCAGUCGGUCCCCGUCGUCCCCCGGCGCACAAAGGACGGCGCCAUCCUCGUGGACUGGUACUACAGCGACGACGCCGAGAACCCGCAGAACUGGAGCAACGGGAAGCGCGGCCUCGUCGCCGCCAUCAUCUGCCUCUACACCUUUGUCGUGUACACGUCGUCGGCCAUCUACACGCCCUCGACGCAGGGCGUCAUGGAGCGGUUCCACGUAUCGCAGCUCGAGGCCACGCUCGGCCUGUCGCUGUACGUGCUGGGCUACGGCGUCGGGCCGCUCGUCUUCUCGCCGCUCAGCGAGAUCCCCCGCAUCGGCAGGAACCCCGUCUACGCGGCCACCAUGAUCCUCUUCGUGGUGCUGUCCAUCCCCACCGCCCUGGCGCGCAGCUUCGCCGGGCUGAUGGUGCUGCGCUUCCUGCAGGGCUUCUUCGGGUCGCCGUGCCUGGCCUCGGGCGGCGCGUCCCUCGGCGACAUGUACUCGAUGACGGCGCUGCCCUACGCCAUGGUGGCGUGGAUCUCGUCGGCCUACUUUGGCCCGGCGCUGGGCCCGCUGCUGUCGGGCUUCUCCGUGCCGGCGCGCGGCUGGCGCUGGUCGCUGUACGAGAGCGUGUGGGCGUCGGCGCCGGUGCUCCUCGGCAUGCUGUCGGAGCUGGACCAGCGCCGCCUCGGGCCCCGCGCCGCCCUGCUCGACGCCCUCGUCAAGCCCGUCGAAAUCACCUUCAAGGACCCGGCCGUGCUCUUCGUCCAGGUCUACACCGCCAUCAUCUACGGCAUCUACUACUCCUUCUUCGAGGCCUUCCCCCUCGUCUACCCCGUCCACUACCACAUGAACCUCGGCCAGACGGGGCUCGUCUUCCUCUGCAUCCUCGUCGCCUGCCUCCUCGGCGCCGCCGUCUACUGCGCCUACCUCUACCUGUACGUCGACCCGCGCAUCCGCCGCUUCGGCCUGCCCGUCCAGGAGAGCCGCCUCGCGCCCGCGCUGCCCGCCUCCUUUGGCCCGACCGUCGGCCUGUUCAUCUUUGCCUGGACCGCCCGCGAGUCGGUCCACUGGAUCGCCCCGACCGCCGGCAUCACCAUCUACGCCGCCACCUGCUUCGUCGUCAUGCAGUGCAUCUUCGUCUACGUCCCGCUGAGCUACCCGCAGUACGCUGCCAGCCUGUUCGCCGCAAACGACUUCUUCCGGAGCGCCAUGGCCUGCGGGAGCGUGCUCUUCGCCCACCCGCUCUUCGGGAACCUCGGUGUCGCCAGGGGUGUUUCGCUGCUCGGCGGCCUGAGCGUCAUUGGCAUCGUCGGCAUCUGGCUGCUGUACUUUUACGGUGCGCGUCUGCGCGCCCUGAGUAAAUUUGCCACUUCGGAGCAGUGA